AACACCAUGCAUCUGCUCUGGCCCUAACACUAGCCUUGGUCCCAGGCAUGCUUAUAAAAACUAGAUUCAAAAUGGCAAAAUCUUGGGGACAGUGCAGGACGGUGGUGCUGUGAAUGUGCAUGCAGCAGGUUUCCUUACCUGCAGGCAUUCUUCUGUGUCAUCGGCUUGUGCAUUUCUCACUUCAAACUCUCUUUGAGUGUAGUGAUAAUGCCACAGAAAAAGAGAAAAUCGCCAGAUGAGAACAAUCGGCAGAGGCCUACUGAACACAAUUUGAGGAAGAAAAUUGCUUCCAAGCCUGAAAAACUAAGAAUAGGCAGAUCUAGCGUCCUCCCUGUCAUCAUUAAAUCAGGGAAAAAACAACAAUUAACACAGGCAAAGCCAAAGAGGUUUGAAAGUCAUCUCCUCGCAGAGCUCUUCAAUGCCACUCCUGGAUUAGUUGGAGAGAGUGUCAUUAAGGAAAAGGAAGCAAGUGCUGUUGUUCACAAUAUGAAACAAGACUGUGAAAAAACCAGUACCAACUUGGGUCAGAUUAAUUCCUGUGCAUAUGGAAGGACUCCUAGGGGAGAUGUGUGUCAUUCAGUAUGCAAAGGAAAAACAGAUCAAAACCCAUCAAGUGAGACAGACUGUAUUCAAGUAUCCUUGUCUCUACUAGACCAGACACCUGCAGUCCAAAGACAGAAUCAGAUAAAGUCUUAUAUCAAUGAAGACAAUUACCCGAUAUACAAAAUCAAAAAAGGAAUCUUGCUGCAGACAAAUCAGAAGUACCUACUUGAGAAGUCUUCCCAAGUAGAUUCAUUUUCUCAGUCUCAACUACCAGCUCAAGAGAGCAAUCAUCUGGGAUCCAGCAAAGUCUUCCGUCAGAAAUUCAAUAGCAGUGUUAGUUCACUCCCUCAUCUGGAAGGCCAAACGAAGCACAAUUUAAUUGUAAAUGCCGCCAGACCUCAUCCACAAGACAGCAACCUUCCUCACAUAACAAAGAACCUGCAGAAUGUGAACCUAUUGCUUCAGGAAAACAGAUCUCGAGGCCAGCCACAUGUUUCCCGAUUUAACCUUGCAGAAAACCUGCCUGAAGGUGCUACCAGAGUCCAGCUCAAUAGGCCGGAAAUAGAAGGAACCAACACCAGUCUCAAGUUGCCUCUGACAGCUCCAGAAGCCUUGAAAUAUUUUAGAAACCAGUUAACAGUUUAUGAGCAAGAAGAAAUUCUCAACUAUGCAGAGCUGUGGUUUCUUGGGCUGGAAGCUAAAAAGAUUGAAGGGUUACCUGAAACACAGAAUAAUAAUUGUUAUGAUGACGAACAUGGCACUUACAUAAAGGUCCUACAUGACCAUAUCGCAUACCGCUACGAAGUGCUAGAGGUCAUUGGGAAAGGGUCGUUUGGACAAGUAGCAAAAUGUUUGGAUCAUAAAACCAAUGAACUAGUGGCAGUGAAAAUAAUAAGGAACAAGAAAAGAUUUCACAAUCAGGCUUUGGUAGAAGUGAAGAUUCUCGAUGCUCUUCGGAAGAAGGACAAAGACAAUUCUCACAAUGUUGUCCAUAUGAAGGAAUGCUUUUACUUUCGCAAUCACUUCUGCAUUUCUUUUGAACUGCUAGGAAUAAAUUUGUAUCAGCUGAUCAAAAAGAACAAGUUCCAAGGUUUUAGUUUGUCUUUGAUUCGACGAUUCACUCAGUGUGUGCUGAGAUGUUUACAAAUGCUCUACCGGGAAAAAAUUAUCCACUGUGACUUGAAACCUGAGAACAUAUUGCUAUAUCACAAAGGUCAAAAUUCAGUUAAAGUUAUUGACUUUGGAUCAAGCUGCUAUGAACACCAAAGAGUGUAUACGUAUGUUCAGAGCCGAUUUUAUCGCUCCCCCGAAGUGAUUCUUGGUCACCCGUAUGCUACUCCUAUUGAUAUGUGGAGCCUGGGAUGCAUCAUGGCUGAACUUUACACAGGCUAUCCCCUUUUUCCAGGAGAGAAUGAAGUAGAGCAACUUGCCUGCAUCAUGGAGAUAUUGGGUCUUCCACCAGCUGAUUUUAUUCAGACUGCAUCAAGAAGACGAACAUUCUUUGAUUCCAGAGGUUUUCCUAGAACUAUAACAAACAGCAGGGGGAAAAAAAGACACCCAGACUCCAAGGAUCUAAGUACGGUAUUAAAAACCCAUGAUGCUGCUUUCCUGGAUUUUCUUAGAGGCUGCCUAAUGUGGGAACCUGCCCUUCGCAUGACUCCAGAUGAAGCAAUGCAGCACGCAUGGAUCCAGGAACCAAGAAUACAUAAAUCAAAACAAAAUCCCCACUCUGCAAGUGAAAGCUCCUUCUUCACACUAGAGAAGAAGCAGAAUGUACAUAAACACACACUGCCUGGACAAGGAGAAGAAAACACCUGUCAAGAUAUGGUUGAUAAAGUAAAAUGUGAAAUGACUGAAAAUCCUACUGCUGCAAGUGAAAGACUAACUCUCAAUGCAUCUUCCUCAGACACAAUGGAAAAUAAAGUGCAGAACACAACCAAACAGGUUAUUCCAGAGGAAGAUCUGGAAAACCCAGUGGAAAAAGCUAUCAAAAGAGACAAAGCAGGACACAGCAGUGAAACAGCUCUUCACAAAAAUUCAAUGUUCUUACCACCAAUUAAGUAACAUUCUGCACAGGCAGCUACUGGUCUGGUUUCUAUACCUGCCUAGUAUGUUUUGUAGGUAACCAUUUAACUGUACAAUAUUCAAGAACAUCAUUUUAAAUAAUAACUCUCCACACAUGGGUUGUGCACAUUUGUAGACAUUUUUAACCUAGAUUAGUCCAGGUAACCAAAGCAGAAUGUGCGUUGAACGUUCCUGAAUGUUACCAACAUUCUUGUUGUGAUCAGAGAUUCUUCACAACCCACAGCAAUAUUUUUAAUAAAAAGGAGACUCUA